UGGAUAAUUAUUAUUAGGUGAUGAGUUGUGCAUUCAUUUCGGGAAAUAAAAUAAUAAUAAACAUUAAUAUUGUUGUUCGUUUAAGUAAAUAACGGUGUGCAACAAUGGAAGAAAGUAACAAAGAGAAGAAUAAACACAGCAAAGAGGUGAAGGAAACCAAUAAAGUGGAGGAAAAAACCCACAAAGUAGUGGAAGAAACCAAUAAAGUGGAAGAGGACAUCAACAAACUGGUGCAGAAAACCAAUAAAACCGAGAACGAAACCAAUCAAGUGGAACAGGACAUCAAGAAAGUGGAGAAGGAGGAAAUCAGCAAAGAGGACUACAUCCAGAAGCGGCUCAAUAAAAUACUGGAAACGCGCAUUGAUUCGGAUCGUGAGACACUGGAUGCUCUGACGGAUUUAUCGGAGUUUUAUAAGGAAAAUACGCUACAGUCCCGCCGAAAUUUGCGCAGCCAAAUCGAGCGUCGCAGCUUGGCUAUUAAUCAGAACUUCCUGGCAGAAUUCACCGAGGUCAAGGAAGCCCUAGACGGUAUCUGCUCGGACAUCGAUGCCAUCAGUGCCUCAGUCGAGAGUAUGAAAUCCCAGCUCAGUACCACCCAGGCCCAGCAGAAGGAUCUAAUCCAGCAGGCCAAUAUUCUGCAAGAUGAAAAUAGCAAAUUAUCACUGCAGCAGCGUAUCGCAUCCGGCUUUUUGUCCCGCUUCCAGCUAUCGGUAGCCGAACACCAGACACUGUACGGCGUAAAUCGGGACGAUCCGAUAACGGCAGAAUUUUUCGUCGUGCUAGACCACGUGCAAUCGAUCCAUUCGGACUGUAAGACCCUGCUGCAAAGUGGCUAUCAGACGGCCGCGUUGGAUAUUAUGGAAGAAAUGACUCUACACCAGGAGGCGGCUCUGGAACGGCUAUACCGGUGGACCCAAAGUCACUGCCGAAAUGUGGAUUCCAACGAAAUCGGUCAACUGAUGAUUCAAGCUAUGGCCCGAUUGCAGGAACGACCCGUUCUGUUCAAAUAUGUCAUCGAUGAGUAUUCUACCUCGAGACGAUCGGCCGUGGUGAGGAGCUUCAUCGAUGCACUGACGGUGGGAGGACCGAAUGUGAAACCAAUCGAGAUGUUGGCUCACGAUCCAAAGCGUUAUGUAGGCGAUAUGUUUGCCUAUAUUCAUCAGGUUUUACCCGUCGAGCGUGAGAAUCUGCUGACGUUGGUGAAAAUGUGCGACAAAGAUAUCACCGAGCAGAUUCAGUUGGCUAUGACGAACAUUUCCGAUGGAGUCUGUCAUACGUUGCGAGUUCGAGUAGAAAUGAUCCUGCACAGCGAGAAGGACACGAUUAUUCUGUAUUCCAUCUCCAAUUUAAUUCGUUUUUAUCAAAACAUCAUCAACAGUGUCGUAAAAGGUGGACAACUCGAGCAGUGCGUUGCAGAUCUUCAGGCACGAUCCGAAACUUGCUACAUAAGUUCGUUAACCUAUCAGGUUAAACAGUUUUUGCAGGGCCCCAGCGAACACAAACUAGGAAUUGAGCCUCCCCAAACUGACCUCAUUCCCUCUUCCAGCGUUGGAAAACUACUAAAUCUGCUGAAAGAAAUCCUUUCCGUUGCCAGCAUGGUCGAAGGCAGCCAAUCGGACAUAAUUAAAAUCGUAUCCUGUGUGAUCGAUCCGUUGCUACAAUCGAUUCAGGAAUCUGCAUCACAUCUUCCAACCACGGACAUGGCAGUUUAUCUGCUGAAUUCGCUGUAUCAAAUCGAAAGUGCCCUCACAAUCUACGAGUACAUGGAAGAACGGCUGGAACGUCUACACGCCCAAUCGGAUGCUCAGCUUGAUACGUUGACUUCGGAGCAAGCGUCCUCGCUGGUAGCGAACCUUAACCUGGGUCCGAUCUAUACGGUUCUUCAGAGCAAUACGGCGCACAUCGAGCAACGGCAUCUGCAGGUUUUUGUGUCGAAGUUGGACAGCUUCCUGGAGAUGCCGGAGAUCUUGCUACUCCCCCAGGUGAAUCUGCUGCUAAGUGGUAAUCAUAGGGCAACGGUGCAGAAGCGUUCCUUCAAUGUGAUCGUCGCUAUCUACAAGCAAAUUUACGAACGUAUACACGAUCCGGUCUGCGGUUACGAGAAACCGCAAGGGGUGUUUUCUAAGAGUCCUGAACAGGUGGCGGAACUACUUUGUGGUUGAAUUAUGGUUUUCUUGUACUGUGAAUAAUACAUUUA